AUGACCGGAAUCGACUACGAAGCUAUACCUGGGAACUCGCACUUGGUGAACAUCGGCAAUGAGAAGUCGGAAAAACAAAUUGUGCUUAUUCCAACACCAUCAGACGACCCGAAUGAUCCCCUCAACUGGACUCGGCGCCGUAAAUGGCUUGCAGUGGCGUGUGUGUUGAUCUACACUCUGGGCGUGGGCGUGCCGUCCGCAGCCAUCUACUCGGUGCUUACCGACAUUCAAGAGCACACCGACAUCACGCUGACGGAGCUUAACAACGGAACAGGCUACAUGUUUCUGUUUUUCGGGCUGGGCUGUCUUGUGUUCCAGCCGCUGGCGUUGCAAUUCGGCAAACGGCCUGUGUAUCUCUUUUCCAUGCUGGCGACCGCUAUGAUCUGCGUUUGGCCCCCCUACACCAAGUCUAACGGGGAGUGGAUAGCAUCCAAAAUUUUGCAAGGGUUUUUUGGUUCUAGCAUUGAGUCUCUGCCUGAGAUCUCAAUGAGUGAUCUGUUUUUUGAACACGAACGUGCGCUGGCGCUGUCUUUAUACGGUUUGACACUUCUAGGUGCCUCCUAUUUGGCACCAUUCGUGGCAGGAUUCAUUUCGCAAGGCCAAAGCUGGGAAUGGGUGAUGUGGUGGUGCGCCAUUUUUGGAGCAGUAUGUUUCGUGCUGCUUUUCUUCCUCAUGGAAGAGACAAACUAUGAUCGUAAGUUGAAAGUUGACUCCGAAACCGGUCAACCCAUCACCAUGGCUUCCAGAUCUGGUGUUCUUAGCGGAGUCUUUUCCAAUAUUGACGGUGUGAUGGACUCUGAAAACUCGGUGGAAAAGAACGACAUCAAUUUGAAUGUGCAAGAAAGCCCCUCUCAACUGCAGGCCAUCGCGUCUGCUGAAAAUGCCAAUGUACACAACCAGGCCAGCAAUGUCGAAGCGGUGGUGUCCGGUACAUAUGUACCUCCGCCAAAGAAGGUCAAAACUUUUGUGGAGAAACUUUCUCUCUUCAGCGGCAAAAAGGACAAGUUCUUAUUGCAUCAUUAUGCAAUGGCGCCAUUCUUUAUGGCAAGAUUCCCUGUUGUUCUUUGGGCCGGAUUCUUGUACGGCUCUUCGCUAGUGUGGUUCAAUGUUCUCAACGCUACUGCGGCCCUUAUCUUGGGAGGGAAACCUUACAAUUUUUCACCAAGUAUUGUAGGUGUGGCGUACUUGUCACCUACCAUCUUCUCUUUCCUUUUAUUUUAUGUGUCAGGGUUCUUCUCCGAUUGGCUCAAGGUCCGGAUCGCAGUAUGGAGAGGAUCUGGGCUCAGUAUGCCCGAAGACAGACUAUGGGUUUUGUCAUUGUACUGUAUUCUGGGCACUUUCGCCAGCAUCUUGUGGGGCGUUGGUGCCUACUACGAAGUUCACUGGUUUGGACUGGUCUUUGGUAUGGGUCUCUUGGGUGGAUGUGGUAUAUUCGGAAUUGCGUCGUCUACCACGUACGUGGUGGAUGCCUACAAAGAGCUUGACACUGAGGCUAUGGUCGUAGUCAUUCUAGUGCGUAAUUUGAUGUCCUUCGCGGUCAGCUACGGGAUCACUGACUGGGUUGUCAAUCUCGGCUACAAAAAGUGUUUUAUCAGCGUGGCCUUUAUCUGCUUUGGGUGCAAUGCAUCUUUCUUGUUAAUGGUUUAUUCCGGCCCCUGGUGGAGAAAUAGGCAAAAGCACAUGUACUGGUCGCUGGUGGAGAGAUACAGAAAACUCGGGAUGCAUUAG